AUGUUCCCAUCUCAUUGUUAUGGUUCUACAUAUUGGGGAAAUAAGAAUAGUUCAGGAGGAUCUCCAUGGUACACAUAAGGUUUUGCCUAUUAAAAUUGGACAUGGUCAGGAGCAAGACCAGGUAUGGAAUUCCCAGCUGUCCCAUAUGGUCCAUUGGAUUUCCAUUGUGCAAGACCAAUUUCAUCUUGGAAUGAUGGAUUCAUCUUAAAUUAUGGAUGGUUAGUGAACUUAGGAGAUUUGAAUACUGAAUCAGAUUAUGUUAGAUAAAGAAUUGCUGAUUACAUUACCGAUUUACUUUCAAUAGGUGUAAGUGGAAUAAGAAUUGAUGCUGCCAAACAUAUCAGUCCAGAAGGUUUAGCAUACAUCUUCAAGAAGUUGGCAAAUAACAUGGGAGGCAAAUUACCAGAUGAUUUCUCAGCUUAUCUAGAAGUGAUUAUUGGUGGAGAGAAAGAUUUGUUGAUGUGUAAUGAAAAUUGGUAUAAUUAUGGAAAAUCAUUUGAUAAUUACAUGAAGUAAGCAGGAUUGAGUGAUUCUGAUAUCUAUAAGAUUAAGAUUUGGAGUUCCGAUUAUCCAAAAGAACAUCCAGCUUGUGGUUGGUGGCCAAUUUCGUCUGAAAGAUUUGUAGCAUAAUUAGAUUGUCAUGAUGAUUAGAAUCCAGGAUCAUCUAGUAGGGAUAUGUAAGAUAAAGGCAGUGUUUUGAUUAAAGAGAGAAAUGUCGAAAAACAUCGUUAUUUCAAUAGAGAAUUGUUCUUCAGAACAGAUGCCAAUUGGUAAAUCAAAUUGGUUCUAUCCUCAUAUUCCUUUAUUGAUUCAAAUGGAGCCUAAGCUCCUCCUGAUGGUCAUUCAGAUUGUGCUAGAUGUGUUGGAUCAGCUUGUUCUGGCUGUACUAAAUCAGUUCCAUAUAAGAAGGCUCACAAUCCUAAUGUUUGUGGUUAUACCAUUUAUUAAAACGGUUAAUGGCAAUAAGGAGAAUAUACCAGAGUUCAUAGAGACAAAGAAAUUAUCAUGGAAAUGAGAAGAUGGAUGGGAUUAUCAACAUCAGUUUCAAAUGCUGAAAUUGGAUUACCAAAUCAUUGUUGA